AUGGUGCUGGUGCUGGCACUGUGGGCCUGCCUGGCACUGGGCACAGCCCGUGAGGAGAGCCCGGCACCCGCGCCCCUGGCAGGUGGCCAGCCCUUUGCCGUGGUGUGGAACGUCCCCUCCGGGCGUUGCCAGCACCGCUUUGGCAUAGGGCUGCCCCUCAGCGACUACGGCAUCGUGGAGAACCAGGGUGGCCACUUUGCUGGCCAGAACAUCACCAUCUUCUACAAGAACAAGUUUGGUCUGUACCCCUACCUGUCACAGCAUGGUGUCCCCCAUAACGGGGGCCUCCCCCAGCGUGUCUCCCUCCACGCCCACAUCAACAGGGUGGCCGAGGACAUCCACCUCCUCCUGCGACCUGCUUUCCAUGGCUUGGCCGUGGUGGACUGGGAGGAGUGGAGGCCCCUGUGGGCCCAAAACUGGGGAGCCAAAAAGAUGUACCGGACAGCCUCAGAGCAGUGGGUGCGGGACCAGCACGGUGUCCUGCCGGAAUGGCAGCAGCUCCGACUGGCCCAGCUGGAGUUCGAGCAGGCGGCACAGGCUCUAAUGGAGGAGACACUUCUGGUGGGCCGAGCCCUGCGCCCUGGGGGGCUCUGGGGUUUCUACCGCUUUCCCGACUGCCUCAACAGCAACUGGGCCAAGGAGGCAAACUACACCGGGCAGUGCCAGCCGGCGGAGGUGCAGCGCAACAACCGUCUGGGCUGGCUCUGGGCCGCCUCGUCUGCCCUCUACCCCAGCAUCUACCUGCCGCUGGCGCUGCCGCCCGCCCUGCGCCGCCGCUACGUGCACCACCGGCUGCGCGAGGCCCUGCGCGUGGCCGCCUUCGGGGCCCACGGCCUCCUGCCCGUGAUCGCCUACUCCCGCCUCUCCUUCCGCCGCUCCUCACGGUUCCUGCCUCUGGCUGACCUGGUGCACACCAUCGGGGAGAGCGCGGCGCUGGGAGCGGCUGGGCUCGUGCUCUGGGGAGACAUGUCGUACUCCCACUCGGCCGAAAGCUGUGCCAACCUGCGCCACUACCUCGUGUCCACCCUGGGUCCUUACGUGGCCAACGUGACGGCAGCAGCCCGAGAAUGCAGCUAUGGGCAGUGCCAUGGGCACGGGCGCUGUGUGCGCCGGCAGCCCCACGACCUGGGCAGCCUCCUGCACCUCGGCCCCGGUGCCAGCCCUUGGGCUGCUUUCCGCUGCCACUGCUACCGUGGUUGGGCAGGUGAAGGCUGUGCCCAGCGGGUAUGGCUCAGCCCUGCCACCUCCUGCCAGGUGCCCGACCAUGCUCACAGCCUCUAUGGGCACAAGGAUGUCACAUCCUCUGACACCUGCCUGCCACAGGGCACGUGGGGCUGGUGACAAAGGCCAGGGACCGCUACGGUCCCCUACCCCAGCAGUGCUGCUGCUGGCACUUCCUGUGGUCUCAUUAAUCUAAAUAAAUUCUCCUUGCACA